CUACCCAAGAGAUGACUGGUGUGGUGAUGUGUGCGCGCGACAGAGAGCGAGACUGCUAAUUUAAUAACAGCACAAUUCUCAGCAUGUAAUGGGAAGAAAAAAAUAAUAAUUAUAAAUCAAACGUAGACCAGCGGCCCACCUGGGAGUCUCCCGCUUGUUCAAGAAAAUCUGUAUUUUAUUGGCGUUGUGCUACUUUCAGAUUUAGGACUAUACCGCUGCAUAAAACAUAGAUACUGCUUUUACAUUUUGUAAAAUAACUAUUUAAAAGACUAGUAGCAGAUAAUAUACUUUGUAUGGCAUUGUUUAUUUUUUCUUUUCUUUUAGAAAGAGGUUGCUGACGUGGGACUUGUUUUUACCCGUUGGUUAUACUGUAAUAAUUCAAAGGCUUGGAAUGCCUAUCAGCCAACCAGGACGCAGAUAUCUCUCAACCCAUUUUAUAAAGGUGUAUAUCGUCCCCUAUAUAGAACCGACUACAUUAGAAAUUUAAAAAAAUAUAAAAUAAAAUAAAUCCUACCUCAUCACGUGAUGCGGGCUCCUUCCCGUGUACAGUCUGGCUUCCGGAAAUGUAGUAGAACGUGUUGUCUUUCCGGUAAUUAAGAACGCCUCGUUGUUAUUAGCAGCUUCUGGAGGGCGCGAGUUGGGUAGACAAAUUGACAUAUCUUAAUGAGGAUCAAAGAUGGAACCGGUCCACAUUAAAGAGGAGCAUCCUGUCCAUAUUAAAGAGGAGCAUCCUGUCCAUAUUAAAGAGGAAGAGUCUGUCCUGGAACAUGUCCACAUUAAAGAGGAGGAACCUGUCCACAUUAAAGAGGAGCAUCCUGUCCAUAUUCAAGACGAAGAGUCUGUCCUGGAACAUGUCCACAUUAAAGAGGAGGAACCUGUCCACAUUAAAGAGGAGUUUCCUGUCUUAGAACCUGUCCACAAUAAACCUGCAGAAUCAGAGCUUGAACCUAUAUUAAAUACAGAAGAGGAAAGCAUAUAUACUAAUACUGAAGAGGGGACUGACCCAGGUUCAACUCACCAGGAACUUGGUACAAGGGGAAAAAAGUAUGUCUGUAAUGAAUGUGGGAAGAGUUUUACUCGCUCAGGACAUCUUAAAGAGCACCACAGAAUUCACACAGGAGAGAAACCAUACCACUGCAAUGAAUGUGGGAGGAGUUUCAGUCGCUCUGGACACCUUAAAGUACACAAGCGAAUUCACACAGGAGAAAGACCUUAUCAAUGUAGUGAAUGUGAGAAGAGUUUUAGACAGAUGGGUAGCCUUAUAGGGCACCAGAGAAUGCACACCGGACAGAAACCUUAUCAUUGUAAUGAAAGUGGGAAGAGUUUUAGUCAGUCAUCCCAAUUUAAAGUACGCCAGCAAAUUCACACAGGAGAGAAACCCUAUACUUGUAUUGAGUGUGGGGAGAGUUUCGAUCAGGUAGGAAGCCUUCAAAAACACCAGCGGUUUCACACAGGAGUAAGACCUUGUAACUGCACCAUAUGUGAGAAGAAAUUCAUUGACUCAAGUGCCCUUAAAAGACACCAGGAAACUCACACAGGAGGGAAACCUCAUCACUGUACUGAAUGUGGAAAGAGUUUCAUUAAUUUAUCAGAACUUCGAGAACACCAGAAAAUUCACACAGGAGAGAAACCUUAUCACUGUACUGAAUGUGGAAAGAGUUUCAGACAAUCGAAACACCUUAAAUAUCACCAACAAACUCACACAGAUGAGAAACCAUAUCACUGCAGUGAAUGUGAGAGUCGUUUCAGGGUCUCUGGGCAUCUUAAAAAACACCAGCGAAUUCACAAAGGAAUUAAACCGCAUCACUGUUCUGAAUGUGAGAAGACGUUUUAUGACUUGGCCUCCCUUAAAGCACACCAGCAAACUCAUACAGGAGAAAGAUCCUACCGCUGUACUAAAUGUGAGAAGAGUUUCUAUAACUUAGGAACCCUUAAAAGUCACCAGCAAAUUCACACAAGAGAAAAAAAAUAUCUGUGUACCGAAUGUGGGAAAAGUUUUAUUCGCUCAUCACACUUUAAAGAUCACCAACAGAUUCACACAGGAGUCAAACCGCAUCUUUGUGCCGUAUGUGGAAAGAGUUUCAGUCAGUUAUCAAAGCUUAAAAACCAUUCUCGAAUUCACACAGGGGAGAAACCAUAUCACUGUAAUGACUGUGGGAAGAGUUUCAGUCAGCUCAGAAACCUUCAAACACACCUGCGAAUUCACACAGGAGUUCGACCUUAUCACUGUACUAUAUGUGGUAGGAAUUUUAUUGACUCAAGUUCCCUUAAAAGACACCAGAAAACACACACAGGAGAGAAACCUCAUCACUGUAUGGAAUGUGGAAAGAGUUUCACUCGCUCAGAGGUCCUUAAAAAACACCAGCGAACUCACACAGAUGAGAAGCGAUACAACUGUACUGCACCUGACAAGAGAUUCACUGGUUUAGCAGAACUUGAAAAACACCAGCACGUUCACACAGAUGAGAACCCUGCCCCUGUGCUGUAGCAAAGUCCACAGGAACCGAGGGCAUGGUGCAUACACUUUAUUGAAAGGUGAUCCAUGAAUCACUUGUGUGAGCACUCCUGCACAUGACAAGCUCAGGGAAGACUCCCUUUGCUGCUCAGAACCCACACAUUACAGUAUUUCUGUUUCUUCAUUCAGCUGAUUAAUCACAGGUUCAAAAGCAGAACAUGUCAAACGAAUACAAUACUAAUCCAACAAGAAUCAUCAUUCCAGCGCCACACACUACACAUUCCUUAAGAUCAAUAAGUAUGAACUUCAAUAUAAACUUUGUUCUGGACUUGUUCAUGACUGACAUGUAUUUGUUCAGCAGUUGCUGAGCUUGGCUAUCUCUGCCCUAGCCGCAACUGGCUUCAUGGUGCCUCAAUGAAGAACCAGAGUUGGUUCCAGAAUAAAUAUUUUGUGUAUGUUUGAAGAUUGCAAAUAAUGCUUAUCCUGAAGGAAAAAAAAAAAAAAUUCUUUCAAAUUUUAGUUUGAUCUUAACUCAAGUCUGCAUGUUGCUUCUUAAAGUACAUCGAUCUUACCUCGUAUGAGAAUCUCAUUAGUAUAAUUUUGCUGGUCCCAUGGUUUUAUUAGUUAAUGUAGAUUAGAUUUUUUUUAAAGUCAUGACCUUCCUUGUAGAUAUCUCAAUGCUGCACCUCCACUGCCACCUUCCUGCAUUCUACAUAAAGACAUUGCAAAGCAGUGAUUGGUUACUGAGGUACCAAGCUGCUUUCUGAAAUUCUAGAGUCUUCACACUUCCUAUUAGCCAGUUGCUGCUUUUCACAUGCGUGAGGCUAUGGGGCUGAUUUAGUGUACACUGUUUAACUGAGAGCAAGUGGUGUGGCAAGUCUAGGUGUCCGUCCAGCUGCUACAAGUGACUGAUUGCUACCUGUGAAGGUGUUCGAGGUUAAAAAGUUUGUUUAUGACUUGCAAAUAAUGGAGCAGUUCUUUACAAUGCUCUAUGAUAUGACAGUAAUAUGUCGUUUUUAAAGUGCAGACUAAGUUCACAUUGCAGACGUAGAGAGCUAGUCUUUAUUUGCAUUCUUGUUACGAGCUGUUGUCUUUAAUACAGAUUUAAUAUACAUGUAUUAUUAGUUGGCCAAUACAUUUAAUGAUUUCUGUCUUCGUUUAGCUCGUAUUAAUAAAACUUUUUUUUAAAUGUU